AUGAGCGAUCCCGUGCGGGACCAGCGCUUCCAGAAAGUGCACAAUGAUCCGAGAUUUGCCCGCAAUUCGAAGCGCAAGAACAAACUGCAGGUCGACCGCCGGUUUGCUGGGGCACUCACGAACGAGCGGUUCCAGAGCGUGCAGGGCAAGUACGAUAAGUACGGACGUCGCAUUGAGAAGAGGGACAAUGAGAUGAAGGAGUUUUAUUGUCUGGAAGAGGAGGAGGUUGAAGGAGAGGAGGAGGAGAAGGAGGGGGAAAUGCAGAAGAAUGACAGCGAUACGGAGGACGAUGAGGAGAAGGUCUUGUCUACAAUGAGCUCUGAUGAUGAUUCUGGAGAGGCAGAAGUGGCAGCUGUAGAGAGUGGAGGUAAGCUCUCGCGUCUUACUUAUUUGAAUCGCAUGGCUCGUGGCGAACUCGGCUCGGGCUCGGACAGCUCCGACUCAGACGACAGCAGCGAUGACGAGGUGGAAGAUGUGGUGGAAGAAGAGGCGGAAGAUAUCCCCAUGGGCGAAGAAACGAGGCGCUUUGCUGUGCUCAACUGCGACUGGACGCGUAUCCGUGCUGUCGAUUUGUUUGCCCUCUGCCAAUCGUUCGCACCUGCUACAGGUGCCGUUGAGAACGUGACCAUUUAUCCUUCGGACUAUGGUCUUCAGAAAACCAAAGAAGAAGAGCAGCAUGGGCCGCAAGGUCUUUGGAAUGAUGGGGUCAAGAACGAGACGAAUGACGGCGAACAGGAAGACGAUGAGAAGUCCGAUGAGGGUGGCGAACAAGACGAUGAGAAUACGAGUGCUGGUGAUGGCGAGAAGACGUUUGACAGUAGGGAUGAAGACGACAUCUGCAGCGAGGAUGGCGAGAAGGACUAUGACUCCGAUGAUCCGCUUGGCGUAAAAAAGAGUGUGACGCUGGAAGACGAAUCGGACGGUUUUGACCGCGAAAAGCUGCGCAAGUACGAACUGCAGAAGCUGCGGUAUUACUAUGCCAUCGUGACAUGUGAUUCAGUUAAGACGGCCAGCACGAUCUUUGACCAGUGCGAUCAGCUAGAGUACGAGACUUCGUCCAACGUUCUGGAUCUCCGCUACGUGCCAGACGACAUGACGUUCAGCAACACACCCAAGGAGUUAUGUGACGGCGUGCCGGACCGGUACAAGCCAGCUAUCUUUGCAACUCUAGCGCUCCAGCAAACGGAUGUGAAACUCACAUGGGAGGAAGAUGAUGAUCAGCGUUUGGAGUUGCUGACACGUCCUGCUGACUGGAAGGAUGCGGAUGACGAUGACUUUAAGGCAUACCUUGCAUCGGAUGUGUCGGACGCUUCGGAAGUUGAAGCUGAUAGCGAAGACAGUGAUGAGGAGAAAGAGACAGAGGGCAAGACGGAUGUUGGUGAUCUGGACAGCAAGAAGAAGUCCAAGAAGGAGGUUAAAAUCAAAAAGCUUCGGAACCGCUACCGAUCGAUGCUGCUCGGCAGCGACGCGGAGGAUGAUGACAACAGUGAUGUAGUUCGAGGGAGUGUAGGAGGAAGCACUGAUGACGACGAUGGAGCUCGUGACGAGGGUGACAUGGAGCUGUCGUUUACGCCUGGUGCGAGUGAAGUACUGAAGUCAAAGCGGCAGAAGGAGCUUGAGGCGAACGAGACGCCGUUCGAACGCUACACGCGGGAGAAGAAACUGGAGAAAAAUCGUAAGCUACAUGAGAAGCGAGCACGGCAGAAAAUGUUGGAGCGUGAACAGCGCGAAGUGCUCAAGAAAAAAGGUCGUGGUGCCAAGGAGGUCAACUUAUUGCGUGAGGCCAUUAACGGUGGCGGCGGAAACAGCGACGCUGGCAACAGUCAUAGCGAUGAGGACGAGCGCAACUUCAACAUGAAGUUGAUUGCCAAGCAAGAGAAGGUCAAAUCUCUGAAGGGCAAGCGCCGUGUCAAGGAGAUGAAGAAGUUGGUGAAGAAAAAAGCAAGUGGCGAGAUGCAGGAAAGUUUCGAGUUUGACGCAGCCGAUCCGCGUUUCGGCGCUCUCUACGCUAAGGGGUCGCAGUUCCAACUUGAUCCAACGGACCCGAAGUACAAGAAGACGGAGGCCACCCAAGCUAUCUUCAAGGAACGGCGGCAACGUUAUGACACGGACGCCGUCGAGGCCAAGCCUACCGAUUUUGAUGUAAAUACUGCAAGUACUGAUAGCGGGAAACACGCCUUGAAUGCCAUGGUUGAAAAUCUCAAGCGCAAGUCACAGCAGCAGCUCAGGAAGGAGGCCAAGAAGCAGAAGAAGAAGUUGGCGACAGCGGGAGACAGGAGCUAG